AUGUCUGCUUCCUCCACCCCACCGCGCACGGUGAUAUGUGUGGGCGACGUCCACGGCUACGUCACGAAGCUGGAGAGCCUUUGGUCCAACCUCCAGGCUACGCUCCCUUGCGACGCCUUCGCCACCGCGCUGGUCAUCUUCCUCGGUGACUACAACGACCGCGGCCCACACACCCACAGGGUCCCCGACUUCCUCCUCGCGCUCCAGACGCGCCACCCGGCGCAGCGCCACGUCUUCCUCUGUGGCAACCACGACCUCGCCUUUGCGGCGUUCACCACGGCGCUGCCGUUGCCGUCGCCGCCCGAUGGCUCCCCGACUCCCCGUUCUUAG